AUGUCAGAUCGCAUUAUUCCAAAUUUUAGAAUUAAGAGAAUUCUCGAAAUUGACGAACAUAUGCCGAAAAUGAACAAAAAGGCGCUAACAACACUCGCAGCAGCAGUGAAGGUGUUUCUGCAAGAAUACGCCAAAGAUUUACAUAAACACAUUGUUAACACCGGUGAUUCCUACCCUGUAAAUACCAAACAUAUCAUAAAUGUAUCGUAUGAUCCUAGAUUUAUCAAAUAUGAAUUCUUGACACACGCUAGGAAAAUUAUAGAAAAACAUGAUGACAACACCACUCCAAUUAACAAACUAAUUGGAGCUACCAGUAAUAUUGGUUCCUCUAACUGUACUAGUGCCACUGGCUUAGGUAAUAAGCCUGUUGAAAUGAAUGAAGGUUCAGCAGUCACGAGUAAACAGUUGGAAAGCUCUGUGAAGAAUAAUACUGUUAGUAAUAGUGACAACAGUAAAAAAGGCCUUAAAAAGGUAUUGAAAACAUCGUCGAAGGGCGGUGUUAAAAAAAUCAAAAAUUCCAUAUUAUCAUAUUUCACCUCUAGAAAUUAA